GCCGCGAAACGAAAUCGGUCGGUAUUCGCGGCGCCCGCGGGUCCGCCCACAGUGCGACGCGCACCUUCGUCCUGUCCCCGUCGUUCCACCACGUCGUAACGUCUCGCAUUGAAAAUCAUCACCCUAUCAAAGUGACGCACUCCCAUCCGCACCAAUUUCAAUAUAAAUAAUUUCAAGAUAAUUCAACAGAAUCACGAUUGUUUAUCCCCGUGAAAAUCCACCGGUGAAUGAUUACUCUGUGCUGUGUGAACGAUAAGACAAAAUAUCUCUGAGACCCAUCAUCAAAAAUCGCCAAUGUCCCCCUGUGAUUUUUCGUACGCCCACUCGUGCGGCUAAUCGCCACGUACAAACGUUAUAUUAUGUCACACUCCCACGCGAGCGAAACUGAAUGCAACCGCGGGUGUAACGUCGUUUGACAUUUUGCCAAAUCCCCCCGCCACUCCACCCCAUCUCCCACCGACAUAAAAUUUCGCGAUAAUUGAAAAUAAUGUGUGAAAAAGCAUUAAUCGUUCGUUGUACUCCCCUGGACUGUGAUUAAUCAGUGAUUAAUCGGUGAUUAAUCGGUGAUCAAUAAGUUUGUGGUAAUUGAACUCUUCGGUAAUACUGAGUGAUAAUUGACAAACGAAAUGAGUGAUCCACCGAGGAAUGAAUUCAGUGAUUUAGGAAACGAUUAGAGACAUCUUAGUGUUGUGCACUCGAUCAUUUAUCUCUUCUGUUGAUUAUCGAUUAAUUAAUUAGUUAUUGACGAUCGAUUGGCCAGUGGGACGCGAGAUAAGUGCGAAAGGUUUUUCGUGAGCCGUCGGUCGCGUCACGACGUAUGAUCCAGCAAGUGGUGUAAAUGCCUGGUGAGAUGGAUGUUACGCCACGUAUAAACGAAGUAGUGACGAUAUAUGGAUACCCAUGGAUGGAAUUUGGCCGAAAUGUGCCAGCGAUACCAUCACGCUGUACCUGGAGUCCAAAACUCAUCACCGAGUAGGGAACAGGCUGGUGCCGUCGUGCAAGGGCUGUCAACUGUCCCUCACGUCGAACAGCCCAGUCCCUCUUAUUCCCAUUAUACGAUGUUGGAUAAUUAUGACAGGGCUGAGGUGACAACUCCACCCGUGAGCUAUGGAAGUUCUCCGGGUCUUCUGGCUCUUCAUUCCUCCUUGUACGGGACACCAACAUCCAGAGGUUUCGAUAUUGAUUCGAAUAUCGAUGGAAAUGAAAGUGGACUACCCCUUGAUGCUCAAAUUAUUCCAAUACCAGGAAUGCUGAACAGUCCUGCACAGCAGAGACUGGAGGACAUGUCCUGGCUGGCGUCAGGACCAUCACUGGACUAUCAGCAGAGUCUCUCAUCGAUUCCUGGUGGAGUGAAAAUGUGUCAUCCUGGUAAUUCAGCCCAACGAAGCCUCAAGGAACAACGGAUCAGACGUCCAAUGAAUGCCUUCAUGGUGUGGGCAAAGGUCGAGCGAAAAAAAUUGGCGGAUGAAAAUCCUGAUCUCCACAAUGCCGAUCUCAGCAAAAUGCUUGGAAAGAAAUGGAGAGGCCUGACCCCCCAAGACCGUCGUCCCUACGUCGAAGAAGCCGAACGUCUCCGAGUAAUUCACAUGCAGGAGCAUCCGAACUACAAAUACAGACCGCGUCGUAGAAAACACGCAAAAAGAGCACCAGGUGCACCAGCAUCACCACCAUCAGCAGUAAAUACCCCGGGAACUAGGUCGACACCAGUUGGGGGCACAUCAGUGCAUCACUCAAUGACAAAGAUGGACGGAUACCAGGGGAUUCCCCAGUUGCCCUGGGGCGGACACUCGCCAAUUUCCUCGUUGUAUCAUCAGCAAGGCCAACACGCCAUGCAGGACUACAAGUCGGAGAAUAAUUCAUUGUAUGGCAGUCCAUACACACCAAUCAUUCACACGCCUGAUGCAUCACCCAUUGCAAGUCCUGAGCCUGAUGGGGACGGGACGCACCUUCCAUCCUCGCAGAAUCCGGACCCGGAGAGGGAACUUAUGGAGGGUACUAAACACAAUGAGCUGGUUGAACAGAGCAAACGCUACACCUACAUGAACACCGACAGUCAGUUGCAUACUGGACAUGCCGGAGGCACUACCAUAUCAUCCUGUCAGAAUACUCAUGGAUACACCGACACUCUGACCUAUAAGAAAUCCGUAAGUUAUUUGAAUUUCGAGAGACAAACAACGAGUAUAGCUGCUGUUGGGAUUGCCAAUGGCAUGAUGGUAUCCUGCAACAAGCUGAGAUCUGGUUUUGACAAUGUUGGCUCUGUCACGGGUACAUUUUAUCCACCAGUUGCUUCGCCACAUGAUCAGACCCUCCAUUAUAGCAGCCCCCAGUCGUCCAAGGGGAGUAAUUACUCCAUGCAGGGGAGUGUUGAGAGUAAUUAUAAUCAUCAGAUUAAUUGUGGGAGCAGGCAGCAGAGUGUAGGGCUCAGGAAUACCAAUGAUCAAUGCUCGAGUGUAUCCCAUCGUUAUCAGUUACAUCAUCAGGAGUACCAGCCGGAGCCACAACAAAAUCAACAGCACGUGUUGAGCCACUUAGAUCCCUCAAUGACUGAAGAUGAGCAGGAACAAUCGUUGCAGUUUGAAAAAUAUUACAAAUAUACCCAUCCAACGAGUAUUGCCCACACAACCAUGACAACCCAGAGCCUUCUGGACAGCAAUCACAAUUACGCCAGUGAUUUGCGUUAUUACACACCUCAGCAGAGCCAGAUGGAUCUCUCCAGCAGUCAGUGUAUCGUCGAUGAUCAGGGUAAGGAUAAUCAGUGCUCAUCCAACAGUGGACACUCGAUUGAUCAGUAUCAUCAGGGCAUCGACAUGGCUAAGUACCAGGAGCAGCAGGCACAUCAGCAACCCCAGCAUCCAAAUCAGCCCCAGGGAAUCGAUCAGGUGAAGAGCGAUGAUGACUUCAGUGUCAUACUCGCUGAUGUCAGAAAGACCUGUUACAGCAGUUAGUCAUAUGUCGAUAGGAAUCUCAAAAUUCAAGGAGUGAGAGACAGAAUCAAACGGAAAUGACUCGAAAAUUUUUCAGCGUUUCUCCUCGCGUCUUAUCGUCACAUCUCCGAGACGAAUUUCGCUUCCAGGAAACACAGGUUUCCUUUCUCACAGACUAUUUCAUGUUCUUCAGGAUGACAGAGGAAAUUCAGUUCAAUGGAUAUAUCGAUGUGGUCUAGUUGGGAACGAUCGGUGAAAAUAUCAAUGAGGUAAAAUUGAAUUUUGAAGAAAUUACUGGAGGAGACAUGGUGGAUAUUAAGUAAGGAAAAUUGAAUAGAAAAGUCCUGAAGGGAAUUGAUAAUUUUAAUUUCAAUUUCAAAAUUUCUUGUAAUAAAAAAAUGGUAAUGAGGGAAUGGAUACACUGGGCCCCGGUGCAUUGUCAUUUUUAUUUUGGCAAGAAAUUCUAGGAAAAUUUCGCAUUUUUGAUCUCGUAGUUGACGGUUGUUAACUUCCAUUCCAUGACAUGUCGAUAAAGAGAGUGAAUUUAAUUAUU